GCUUAGGGAAACAAAAGGAAACCAGCUGCAGAACUUCCUGAAGAGAGAGAGAGGGGAGAGGGAGAGAGAACUAACAGGAUUAUUUAUAUUUUAAAAAAAGAAGAAGAAAAAGAGAAAAGAGAAGGGUGGGGGAAAGUGAGGAAAAGAAGGUUUAGCAGCUAGGAUCUGUGAGCCUGCCCUGAGUUCAACCUCUCCCACCAUGACCAGUGCAAUCCUGAGGAGAAAUUCCAGUAAACAGGGCUUAGAAAACCUCUUAAGGAUGACGACACAGUGGAGUGUGGAGGAUGAGGAGGAAGCAGCAAGGGAGCGACGCCGAAGGGAACGGGAAAAACAGCUCCGGUCCCAGGCAGAGGAGACCUUGAACAACACCAGCUCUUGCUCAGAGAAUGAAGUGCCCUCAGAAGAAAACCAGUGUGAUUUUAAGCCCUCUGGUACUUCAGAGCUGGAAGAGGAUGAGGGAUUCAGUGACUGGUCACAAAAGCUUGAGCAGCGCAAACAGAGGUCCCCAAGGCAGUCCUAUGAGGAAGAGGACAGUGGACUGAGGGAAGCUGAGGUCAAGAUGGAGCAGGUCCAGCUGGAUCAGGAGAGCCCAGAAGAGGUCAACCAGGAGGAGAAUGAGGAGCUGAGGCAGAAGCAGCUGGAGACGGAGGAGUAUGGGCAGCUGUGUGAGGAAGAACAUGGCCAAGAGCAGCAGCAGCAGCAGGAGGAGGAAGAGGAGGAGGAGCAGCUGCAGGAGGAUAAAAAGAGGAGGAGGAAUGAAGAAGAAGACACUCCAGAGAAACGUCCAAAAGCCCCAAGCCCCUGCAAUUUUGAAGAGGAUGAAGAAUGUUCUGGUCAAUCUCCACCAAGUUCCACAAAGAUCACAGACCGCACAGAAUCCCUGAACCGCUCCAUACAGAAAAGCAACAGCAUAAAGAAGACUCAGCCACCCCUUCCUGUUUCAAAGAUUGAUGACAGACUGGAGCAGUACACUCAUGCCAUUGAGACAUCUGCUAAGGCUCCGAAACCUGUCCGACAACCAUCCAUUGACCUUCCUGCUGGUAUGGUUGUUGCCAGCACGAAAAGCCUUUGGGAGACUGGAGAGGUCACAGCUCAAGCGUCUCCUAAGACACCAGCCUGUAAGGACAUUGUGGCUGGAGACAUUGUGAGUAAACGAAGCCUUUGGGAACAGAAAGGUGGCCCAAAGCUUGAAGGCAAUGCCAAGAGCACUCCUGGCAAGAAGUACAAAUUCGUAUCAACUGGACAUGGCCAGUACAAGAAGGUGUUGAUAGAUGAUGCAACGGAACAAUAGUGUGUCCAGAGUACUAAUUAACCAGCUGAGCUUGGUCCUAGCUCGAUGCAACCCUCUGCUGAUGUAUCUUCUGCUACGAGGGAGAUAACCUAAAGAUGUUUUUCUCCUGCUCCUCCUCCUCCUCCCAGGCAGCUGACUUCAGGCUGUUUUGGAGCAGACAGUCUCCUCCUGGGUGGGAGUGUUGCCCCAAGAUGCUUUUAGUUGGAUGAAAGGAAUAAGAUCAGCUGGCAAAAUUGAUCCAUGUUUUAAAUUUUCUAUAUGGUUCUCUUUGGCUGUUUUGUAUUUGGCUCCUCUGGGCUCUUCUGUUUCCAUGCUGGGGACUGGAGACUGUUCCUUUGGCAACCUUUCACCUUUUGAAUGUAUGAAGAGAAUGCUCUACUAAUUGGCCAAACCUAGUGGGGGUCCUGGUAACCACUAAGAAAGCUGAGUUAUUCAAGCCAUUUGGGUUGGGGAGGGAGGAAGCUAAACAAAAAUUUUAAUGCUUGAAGAAGAGCAGUAGCAUAAUGGAGUGUAGAGAUGCUUCUCACCCAUCAGACCCCUACUGCUGUGUAGCCCCAACAGUUUUGGAAAUGCUGACCUAUGUCAAGGGUAUCCUAGAAGCAUCUGUCAUCUUUAGGCUGAGGGAACAUAACCCCUGUUGUUUUUGCCAUAGCUAUACCUGGGCCACUUCUGCUUUUGAACUUUAAGAUGCAGAGGGAAUCCUUGCCCUUCCCCUUUCCAUGGAGGACAAGGCUAAAUUAGUCUAGUCCAGUCCAGGUUUUCUCAGUUUCCAGAUGCAGGUACAAAACUUUCUGGACUCUGUCCAUGUGAACAGUGGCCACUCAGAGCUAUGGU